AUGCGUUCCCUGUUCCCGGUGCUGCUCCUCGCCUCCUCGGCGGCGGCUUUCUGUCCGCUGAACGCCGUCCAAUCCGGCUCGCGCUCCAAAUGUUUUGCCUUCUACAACUUUCCGCUAACCUACGACGCGGCGGAUCGAUUCUGCUACAACCUUGGCGGUCACCUGGCCAGCAUCACCAACGCGUUCGAGUCGACGACCAUUAAUGCGCUGGGGAGGAAUGAGAGCGCUGCCGUCGUUGCGUAUUGGAUCGGAGCGCGUUCGCUCAACUCGCAGCCGUUCACCUGGGUCGACGGGACGCCGUUCAGCUACACGAAAUGGGCUUCAGGCGAGCCCCGAUACCCCUGCGCUGCCGCCCGAGUGUCCGACAGUUCGUGGAUCACGGAGCAGUGCCCCGCGGCGCUACCGUUUGCUUGCGCCCUCAACCCCUCCUCAUCGGCCCCGCCCUGCGAAUCCGGGUGGUCGUGGCGUCAGCCGGAGGCCGCGUGCUACAAGGUGAUCCACAGCUUCAGCUCAUUCCAAGACGCUGAGAAGGGAUGCCAGGCCCUUGGGGCCCACUUGGCCUCUAUCCACUCGCCGGCGGAGAAUGACUGGAUUGUUGACCAGGGCACGGCCAACUACAAACUAGGCGUCACCGAGCACGACCUGCAGACCUGGAUCGGGCUUACGCGCUCUUGCCAGAGUUGCCAGUGGAUGUGGACGGACGGUACGCCACUGGACUAUAAACAGUGGACGAAGAGCGAGCCGGCCGAUGACUACAGUAAUCAGAAUUGUGUGGAGAUUUACACCGAUGACGCGACAGGUCUCGGCUCGAACAACUUCAAGAAUUGGAACAACGUCAAGUGCGACAACGACAAGCGGAAUGCCAUCUGCAAAAAGCCGGCGCGGAGU